AUGAUAAAUAGACACUAUUUAUUUUUCUAUUUUUUUAUAUAUGUUCUCUUAUGUAAAGUAUUUUUUACAAAUAUAAGAUAUUUUAAGAAUGAUAAAAAGCUAAAGAAUAGAAGAAAUUUUGAAAAUGAUCUGUGGAAUAAUUUAAAUAUUAUUAAAAAUUAUUAUAAAAGAAGAUUCCUACAGGAAACAAAAAAUAAUAUAUUACACCUGAAAAAACAUAUAAAAGAAAAUCAUGAGUCACAAAUAAAUAUUUUACAAUGGGAAAAUAAGUCUAAUAAGGAAAAUAUAUAUAAAAGAAAUGAAAAAGAUAAUAUAAGAUUAAAAAAAUUAAUUAUAAGUUUUAAAGAUCAUAAUAAUUUUUUAAGCUUGAGAAUUUUCAAAAAUAAGUUUAUACAUAUUCUUUCAUACUGUGGAAAUGUAAAAAAGUUAGAUUAUAUAAAUUUUUAUUUAUAUGAUUUUUUUAAAGAAUUAAGUGAAACCCAUUUAAAAACAUGUUUACAUAUAUUAAAAAGUAAAAUGAUAAAUAUUGAAAUGGAUUAUAAAAUUAAGAACAUUGAAGUAAAAACCAUAAAUACAUCAGAAAAAAUUAUGAAUGAACCAUUUUAUAGCCAUUCGAAAAAAUUAUGUGAUAUGUUUAAAUUAAAUAAUAAUUCAAAUUUUAAAUUUUUCUUAAAUAAAAAGUGCAACAUGACUAAUAUACUAGAUGGUUAUGACGUAAUUCAAGUAAAAGAAGCUAUUGCAUUAGCGAGACCAUACGAAUUAAAUGAUGUAAAUGUGUGUAUUGUUGAUACAGGUAUUGAUCAUAACCAUGAUGAUUUAAAAGAAAAUAUUAUAGAAAUAAAAAAAAUUAAAAGAAACAUGGAAAAAAGUGAUACUUCAAGCAGUGAUAUAGAUAGUUCAAUGGAUAAACAUGGACAUGGUACAUUUAUAGCUGGAAUUAUAGCUGGUAAUUCUCAAAACAAUAAAGGUAUAAAAGGAAUUAGCAAGAAGGCUAAAUUAAUAAUUUGCAAAGCCUUAAAUGAUAAUAAUACUGGCUAUAUAAGUGAUAUAUUAGAAUGUUUUAAUUUUUGUGCUAAAAAAAAAGCUAAAAUUAUAAAUGCAAGUUUCGCUAGCACAACUAAUCACUUAUCUUUAUUUAAUGCCUUAAUGAAAUUACAAGAAAAAAAUAUAUUGGUUAUAACAUCAUCUGGAAAUUGUUCUGUAAGUAAAUCAAAAAAUUCUUUUCAACAAUGCAAUUUAGAUAUUAAAAAAUUAUAUCCAUCUGCUUACUCUUCAGAAUUAAAUAAUUUGAUUAGUGUAUCAAAUAUGCUUCAACAUCCAAAUGGGAACAUAAUUUUGUCACCAGAUUCUUGUUAUAGUAACAAUUAUGUUCAUCUAGCUGCUCCUGGAAGAAAUAUAAGAUCAACUUUACCAUAUAAUAAAUAUGCGGUAAGUAGUGGCUCUUCUUUUUCUGCUGCUAUUAUUACAGGAUUUGCUUCUUUAGUGUUAUCAAUAAAUUCAGAAUUAACAUACAUUGAAGUUAUUGAAAAAUUUAAAAAUUCUAUAAUACCAUCAAAAUCAUUUAAAAAUAAAGUUAAAUGGGGUGGAUUCAUAAAUGCAUAUAACUUAAUUAAGUCUACCACAGAAAGCUUAAAACAAAAUUAA